AUGGCACCGCACUUCGACCCUUUUCAGCAGAGCGUCACCUUCCUCCGCAGUGACGGCACCUCAUUCCCUAUUUCCAUGGCGGAUUUCAAUAAGUUCAUGUUAUACGCAGUCAGAACUUCUAUUGCAGCUGCUUCUCAGCUGGGCGCUUCUGUUGUGAUGGCUGUUCUCCUUGCCUUACUUACAGCACCGGAUAAACGACGAUCAAUCGUUUUCUAUCUGAACAUCACCACACUUCUCGUGAAUGUGUGUCGUACAUUAUCCACGACGAUAUUCUUCACCAGCUCCUGGGUUGAAAUAUACACUUACUUCUCCGGCGACUAUUCUCGAAUCACAACCGGUGCCUACGCCAAUUCUGUCAUGGGAACUAUAGCUACUGGUAUCAUGGUCAUCUUGAUCGAGCUAUCCCUACUCAUCCAGACUCACGUUCUAUGCUCUACGCUUCGUGACCUAUAUCGAAACAUUCUCCUCGCGUGGUCGUGCUUGGUAGCAGCGGUUCCAAUUGCAUUUCGAAUUGCCUUCAUGGUUGCAAAUGUCAAGGCAAUUAUGACUCAAUCUUCUCUGGGAAAGAACGUCUGGAUACAAAGCUCAUCGAACAUCAGCAUCACCGUCAGCAUCUGUUACUUUAGUUUGCUUUUUCUGGCCAAGCUUGGCUAUGCAAUCUACACUAGGCGAUUGUUGGGAAUGAAGGGAUUUGGAGUCAUGCAAAUCAUUUUCAUCAUGGCUUGCCAAACUAUGAUACUUCCAGCUAUCAUGUCUAUCCUUCAAUAUUUUAUUCCCGAGUUUGAGGUCAACACGAAUAUCCUCACCUUGCUCGCACUAUCUCUGCCACUCACGACGCUUUGGUCGGCUGCUGCCGUUCGCCACGGACAUAACAAGAAUCAAGGAUCCGGUCGUCAUUUCUGGGGAGGCAGCUCUGAAAAGUCACUGUUCGAUCAUAACAAAACCUCAGGGGGCAGUUUCUCCCAUCCAACCUCGACGCUCAUUGGGUCUAUGCCGGGUCCCGAGAAGGUCAAGUCGGCGGACCACUUUGAUCGUCUGUACCCUGAGCUACACGAUACAGGCAACAUCACAAUCGAACGUAAUUUCAGUGUUACCAGCAAUAGAUUAUGA